UAAUACAUAGACAAAAUACUACUAUUUUUCAUUAAUAGUACUAAUGCGCGUGUGCCAUUGGAGAAUCAUAGAUAAUAUGAGCCAUAUAUGAGCAAAGUAAUGCCAGCGCAUUAUUUAUAUCGGGUGCCAAAUCACACGACUUCAUAUGGUACUAUAUGAGUACCAUCGACGUAAAGUAAUGGACGUGCCUUAGCGGUCAGAAUUGUGGAACGCCAUAAGAAAGAGAUGGAGCGAAGUUUCGGACAAUAUCCAUCUCUUUCACAAUAGUGCGUAAGCCUGUCAUGAAAGAGAUAGCGCUAGUCCGAAACCAUACGCCAUCUCCCUCACUCUUCGAGCCAAGAAAUUAUUACAACGACGUAUGGCUAAGGCACGUCCAUACUUUACGUCGAUGAUGAGUACACCGUUAUAUCUAUGACUAUUAUGCAUAACCCUUUGUGUAUGUAUUAUCUAUGAUCUAUGUGCAUAACCUUACAAAAGAAACUUGAUACAUUGUUUAUAUGUUUCAAAUAGUUAACAUUAAUACCAUAAUAACGAUAAAUUAUUUUAUUAUGUAAGUAUUAAAUUGUCUUGAAUGUUAUAAAAUUAAGUUAUAAUUAAAAAUGUCGGACAAGGAGAAACAAAAAAUGGCUCAACAAUCAAAAAACAUCCCAAAAGAUGGACAAGUAAUAAUGUCCAUCAUGAAAGAAAUGGGUAUAACAGAGUACGAACCGAAAACAAUUAUUCAAUUAACAGAUUUCGUUUACCGUUAUGCAACUUCAAACCUAGAAGAAGCUCGAAAUUUCGCUAAUAACUGUAAGAAAAAGUUCAUUGACUUAGAUGAUAUUAGGUUAGCCUUACAGUUGUCUAGUGAAAGUAGUUUUACUACUCCACCCCCAAGAGAAGCCGUGUUAGAAUGUGCUCGUAACAAAAGCAACACACCUCUUCCAAUUAUAAAGCCACAUUGUGGUUUAAGAUUGCCCCCUGAUCGUCAUUGUUUGGCUGCUCCAAAUUACACCUUAAAAUACCCAACACAAAAAAAAACAGGUAAAAUUACGUCGUCUGUCGCAACUGCCUCAUCAGGAAUCAAAAUAAUGACUAGACCAGCAGUUAGUUAUAUAAAAAGGAGUACUAUUGGAACUGUUCAAAAACAAACAGUUACUAUCCCCAGAACAGGUGAUCAAAAGACAGUUUUAAAACCACGUAUUCAAAUAACUCAAAAUAUUCAAGUGGCAUCACCAUCAACAAACACAACUGCUAUGGAAGUUGAUCAUAGUNGGUGUCCUUCUUGA